AUGAAGCUUAACCUACAAGUUCUAUUCGUCGCUUUAGCAUUGGUCUAUCCUGCUGUUUGUGCACCUGCGGCAAAUAUUCCGAUACCGACUAUAUCGGGGCCCAUCAAGCCGACGUUAACGUCCGUGAAGCCCCCUACAACACCAAUUAAACCAACCACAACGAUAAAGACAACCAUCUCAGUCAAGCCAAGUACGACCGUGAAGCCCACCACCUCCGUAAAGCCUACCACGACUGUGAAGCCUACUACUUCAAUCAAGCCUACUACUUCAGUCAAGCCCACCACUUCAGCUAAGCCUACUACUUCAGUCAAGCCCACCACUUCGGUCAAGCCUACCACCUCGGUCACGCCCACCACUUCGGUUAAACCCACCACUUCUGUUAAGCCCACCACGUCUGCGCCACCGUCUACGACCAAGUCUUCAUCCUCCACCUCAAAAUCUACUGGAUCUUCCUCUUCCUCUUCUUAUAUAUUCCCUACUGUUACGACUCGAUCACUCUCAACGACAACAGUUACCGGAACCCGCACCCUCUCGUUUACCUCCGGCACUCCCAGGGCGACCUUUACGCUGAUUCCGUAG